GACUCUCUACUCAAGCCAACUCAAAACUCAUAUCCACGCAGUCAGUCAUGGACAUGGACUCGGUCAGCACCGGGGACAACAACACGAGCUCGCUCCUCGAAGCCCAGAGCCACGUCUGGCACCACGCCUUCAACUUCGUCACCUCCAUGUCCAUCAAAUGCGCCGUCCAGCUGGGCCUGCCGGAAGCCGUCGGGGCCCACGCCGGGCCCAUCUCCCUCCCCGACCUCGUCUCCUCCCUGGGCCUCCCUCCUUCCAAGGCCCCAUACCUCCACCGCCUCCUCCGCCUCGUGGCCCACUCCGGCUUCCUCACCCUCCACAACAAACCAAACGACGUCGAACGAUACUCACUCACUCCCGCCGGCCGACUCCUCCUCAGCGACAACCCCUACAACGCCGGCUCGCUCCUUCUCGCGGUCCUCGACCCGGUUCUCACCGAGCCGUUCCACCACAUGAGCGCGUGGUUUCGGAGCGAGGAGGACGACAAAGAUACGACGACGUUUUCCGCGACCCACGGCGGCAUGAUGGCCUGGGAGUACAUGGCCACGGACGCGGCGUUCUCUGAUCUGUUCAACGACGCCAUGGCGAGGGACAGCUGUAUGAUUGCCGAGCUGGUGGUGAAGGAAGGUAGGUCGGCGUUCGAAGGGGUCGGGUCCCUCGUCGACGUGGCAGGUGGGACCGGGAACAUGGCCAAGGCUGUGGCUAAGGCGUUCCCCGGGAUGACUUGUACCGUGCUGGAUCUGCCACAUGUCGUCUCCGGGCUCGAAGGCGGCGGUAACAACGUGAAGUAUGUUGCCGGCGACAUGUUUGAGUCCAUCCCCGCUGCAGAUGCCGUGUUGCUUAAGUGGAUUAUGCACGAUUGGGACGACGAGAAGUGCGUGGAAAUUCUGAGGAAGUGCAGGACGGCGGUGACCGGCGGAGGGAAAGCUGGGCAGGUGAUAAUUAUAGACAUGGUGCUAGGGAACCAGAGUUUGGAUGCGAAGUUGCAGGGAGUACAGUACGCUUUCGACAUGGAAAUGAUGGUUUCGUUGACUGGCAAGGAGAGGAACGAGGAAGAGUUUGCGAAGCUCUUCUUUGAUGCUGGGUUCAGUAGCUACCAUAUCAAUCCGAUUCUUGGCACACGAGCUCUCAUUCAGGUCUAUCCUUGAAGAAGAAGAAGAAGAAGUGCACGUAAAGCUGUUGCCAAUUUUCUUUUUUCUUUCGACUUUCAUGGGGGAAAAAAAUAAAUUGAUGGGUUCUUAAGCGCAGCAGAAGAUAUAGAAAUGCCAAACUGCUCACUAAUCUUUACGGAUAUUUGUUCUGGACUCCAAGUAGAGCAUACUUAGAGUAUGUUGAGUAAAUCAUCGAUGUAAAUCUUUGACGUUGGUCAACAAAUUAAAGGGCGGAAU